AUGAAUGGCCAUAUAAGAUGUAUUAGACUUGUUGUGGCUGAUUUUGUUCUAAUGGUGCCUUAUCAAUCUAUAUGUGCUCGCUUAGAUGCUGACAAUGACGGUGAAUCAAAUGUGAGAGGCAAAAAUGAAGAAAUUGCCCUGUCAAAGUUUGUAAAUAAGACACCUGAUGAUGGUAUCACUGCCCUUCAUAUGGCUUCUUUAAAUGGUUACUUUGGUUGUGUGAAACUACUACUUGAUCUUGAUGCAGACAUGUCUUGUGUGACAUUUCAUCAUGGAACAUCAAUAGAUUUAAAGGGACGGUCUGGAGGCUCUCCUUUGCAUUAUGUUGCUUGUGGGGGUAAUUUAAAAUGCUGUCAAGUACAAAGGAGCUAUACAAGUUCGGAUGCCGUAACACCCGCCUUUAGCUUGAACUGUUGUUGA